AUGAGUCUUGCAAAGCACGAGCAAGAAAUUGAAAAGAUCAGAGUCUAACUAAAUAAAAUUUAGGAAUUUGAGCCUUACUGUGCUUAUCGAAUUAUAGACACUAUUAACAAGAAGGAGAUCCAUCCAAAUGACCUAUACUAUUUUUUCACGCAAGUUAAGAGUCAAAAUCUGACACUAGCAGAUAUAGAGUUGUACAUUUCUAUUUAUGACGGCGAGAAGAAAGGAUAUCUGGACAUUCAUAAAGAAAUUCUUUAUCAUCAAACUGAAUUCAAAAAGCUUGUUAAAAUGCUCAUGAAAAGAGAUGAUUUUGAUAUGAAAUCAACGAUAAACUCCCUCAUCAGAAAAGGCCAAUUUUACUCUGAUGAUAUGCCUUGCUACAUAGAUUAAAGCGGACUCAGAUAUUUCUUUAAGCGAAAUGGGUUUUAUGCAACCUCUGAUGACCUUAAUUCUCUAAUAAAGAGAUUUGAUCUCAAUUAUGAUGAUAUAAUCUCAAUGGAGGAACUGGCUAGGUAUUUCAUGCUCUUUGAAAAGAGUGGAGAUCCUCAAAUAAACAGAUUAUCUGCAAACGAAGGCUAUGAAACUCAUAGAGUGCUGAAUAUUCCAAAAUCAGUUUAACAUUCAGCACUUAAAGAAAAUUAUUAUUCUUUGGGAGGUGACCCUUCAACAAAACACUCUAGGGAGAGUUCGAAAAAUUUAAAUAAAGAUAUAAAAAAUUUGAAAAACACAAAGAAAAGAACAGAAAAUCCGCUUUAAAUAUAAGAUUUGAAUUCCUACAGAUCAGCUUUGCCUUCUAACCGAUCAUCAAAAGAUCACUUAUUGCCUAAUUAAAAAACUUAAUCAAAUAAGCUAUCAAUAAUUAAAGCCAACAUUCCCCUUAGUCCUAAUUUUUAGUAAUAAUCAUUAAUGUCUACAAGGAAUCAUGACAUGACUCUAAAAAAGAAAUAUCCUAAUUUAAAUGAAUUUGAAACUGAAACAAAUGCUAAAACAAUAGUUAAAUUUGCCAAGAAAACCCGGAUGAACGAGGUUUUAGACAAUUGCUAAAAGAUUAUUCAUGAGCUUGAUGUAAAUUUGGAGAAAUUUAAAUGCCAACUAGCAUUAAAAGUAGAUUUUAACCUCAGAGAUUUUUUUAAAUUCUUUGACACUGGAAAUAAAGGAUUUAUUGAUCAUUAUGAUAUUGAAAAAAUUUGUAAAUACCUUAGCAUUAAAUUAAAAGACGGCAUUGAGAUAGACUUAAUUAGGAAUUUCAUAAAGACGUAUGAUAAAGACUAUGAUGAGAGACUCUUAUUCACUGAUAUUGGAAAGGCUUUCCUUUCAAAGAAGCAGUAAUACUAAGAAUUAGUUGUAGAUAGGCCUUCCUAUUACUCAAAUGCAAGAAAUUUUGAAGAAGUAUUUUCAUUAGAGACUCAAAAAUUAAUUGGUCAAGUUUUGAAAAUGCAGUUUUACAUAGAGAAACAAAAUAGUGAAAUGCAAAGAAAGGCAGAAAAUGUUGACAUGCUGGAUGAAGACUUUGCCUUAGCUUUCUAAAGCAUUAAUUCGAUCAGAGACUGA